AUACAAAGCAGUUAACUAGUUUAAAUUGUGAUAAAAUGUAAGAUGAACUUCGUACAAUUAUUAUUAAUUAUAAACUAUCGAUAAAAAAUUGACCCGAAUUGAAUGAGGAUAGCGAAUAAAGUGUUGUUAAAUAAGAUUUACACACAUUUAUUAUUUUGUGGAAAUUGUGUUAUGACAAAUUAUUAUACCUAGAAGAUUUGACUUGAAACCAUUAUCUACAGUGCGUAGUCAUUCAUCUUAUUGUAACGAAACUUAUAUAUUACGAAAAAAUGGCCCUGAGCAUAAGAAGACUCUUUUAUAAAUAUGCGAAAUGUCUUAUUAUAACUGUUCUUAUAAUAUUCUUUGCCCAGAUUCUUAUAUCACUGAAUUACUUCCCAUUAGUACAUGAUAAUUUGCUGAAACGAAAUGGAUUUACAUCAUCUCUCAGAAGUGAUUUAGGUGAUGUUUCUGCUAGAAAACUUGUGCCAGGCAUAAAUGAUGAUGAAGAUUUCUCUGUUAAAAAUAGCCACCAAAAUAAAGCCAUAUUGCAUUUAAGAAAAGAAGAAUUGGAUUUUACGCCUAUGUGUGAAAUAAAAAGCCGUGAAGCGAUUUCUGCCAUUCAUAGAGCUAAAACUCAAUAUUGUAAACAGCUCAUUGUAAAUAAAACUUGUCUCAUACAAAGUGGAAGUUUUUACCCAAAGGAAUUAUCAAAUUAUUGUCUUUCAAAUACAAAGAAAUAUGGUAGAUAUCUAGGGUGUUACUUAGAUGAGAAGAAAUUAAGAUUGUUAUCAAGCUUUUAUGGUAAUUAUGCUACUCAAAAUGCACCAAAAUUUUGUUUGGAUAUUUGUGUACAAGCAGGAUUUCCCUAUGCUGGAGUUCAAUAUGGAACUGAAUGCUUUUGUGGUGAAAAUAUUCCACCUCAAAAUGCAAAAAUAUCUGAAAAAUCAUGUGAUAUGAAAUGUCCUGGAGAUUCUUCUGUUGUAUGUGGUGGAUAUUUUACAAUGAAUAUUUAUGAAACUGGUUUAGAAAAGUUUUUACCAAAUACACCAACUGUCAGGAAUGAAGAAUCACAACCAAUAAGGAUAAUUUUUUUAUUGACCUUGAAUGGAAGAGCAUUGCGCCAAGUAUAUAGAUUAAUCAAUGCUUUAUAUAAAACAAGUCAUUACUUUUAUAUACAUAUUGAUAAAAGGCAAGACUACUUACAUAGAAAGUUAUUAUCGUUAGAAAAGAAGUUUCCAAAUAUUAAAUUGGCUCCUACACGAUAUUCAACUAUAUGGGGUGGAGCUUCAUUGCUUCAAAUGCUGUUAGCCUGUAUGAUGGACUUUUUUAAAUUAGGAUGGGAAUGGGACUAUGUUAUUAAUUUAAGUGAAAGUGACUUUCCGAUAAAAUCGUUAGAAGAGCUGGAAAAAUUUCUUUCAGAAAAUAAGGGUCUUAAUUUUGUAAAGUCUCAUGGUCGUGAAGUGCAGCGUUUUAUUAAAAAGCAAGGCUUAGAUAAGACAUUUGUUGAAUGUGAAACACAUAUGUGGCGAAUUGGUGAACGAAAAUUACCACACGGCAUAACUAUCGAUGGUGGUAGCGACUGGGUAGCCUUGUCACCAGAAUUUGUUUCUUAUGUCGUUAAGGAAAAAGAUGCACUUUUAAAUGGGUUAGAUAUCAUUUUUCAACACACGUUACUUCCUGCUGAAUCGUUUUUUCACACAGCCCUAAGGAACUCAAAGUAUUGUAAUACUUAUGUUGACAAUAAUUUGCAUGUUACUAAUUGGAAGAGAAAAUUGGGUUGUAAAUGCCAGUACAAGCAUGUCGUCGAUUGGUGUGGAUGUUCACCUAAUGAUUUCCGAAUAGAUGACUGGCCAAAAAUUCAAAAUACCCAAAAUAGACAACUAUUUUUUGCCAGGAAAUUUGAACCCAUUAUAAAUCAAGAAAUAAUAACAAGAGUAGAACAAUUUAUAGGAUUUAAUGACCAUUACUUAAUACAUAAUAUAGAAGCUUAUUGGCAAAGCAUUUAUGAUACUGAAGAUUUGACAGCAAGCACAGACGACACCAUUCUGUCUCAUGCCGGUAGUAUAUCACGCCAUAAUUUAAAAAUAUUAGCAACCGAAGACUGUAAAAUUGAACUUGGAAUUAUAACAUCAGUACAUUUAUAUAAAUAUGCAGAUAUAUAUAAAGGAAACCUUAUUUUACACAAGGCAAUCUUAAACAAUGGAUUAGAAGUUUCAAUAGAAACAUGGUACAAACCUAAACAUCACCUAGAAUUUAAUUUUGAAAGUCCAUUAAUUGAUUAUAUUAAAAUAUUUAAAGUAAGUUCUGAUUAUGAUCAAAAAGAAAUGAGUUUUAGGAAUUUAGGAAAUAUUUUAGGUCCUUUUUCGGAUCCAGUGUUAUUAUAUCAAUUUUCUACAAACAAGCCAAGUGGAAAUUUAACAGUGCUUUGGUUAGAUCCUGCGGGAAUACUGGCCGACAUAAAUAUUAUUAAUAGAGAUGAAACUAACUUAACAAAUUUUAUUAAACCUACCAUACGACACCCACUUUUACCUGGAAUUUGGAAAGUAGGUUUGUUUGAUCAAUCAAAUUUAAUAGCUGUAACAAAAUUUUUAAUUACUCCACUGGAAUUUUUCUCGGGUAAAGAGGUCACCCACCAAGAAACAAGCUUAAUUCAUAGUGGCUCACAAAAUUCAUAUAGAAAUUUAACCAAUAUUAAACCACCCAAAUUUUUACCUAGUAAAGAAGACACAUUACUGUUGGAAGAAUUGUCUAAUUCUAAUAUUAAACGAAUAAGUGAUGACUUACGAGAAUGGAUUGAUAAUUUAAGUUCCGAAUUUUAUAGUAUCCUAGGGGCAUGUGUAUCAUUUCUUGAUGAGAAUAUCAAGGAGACAUAUAUUUGUGGGAAAUACAAAUUUGAACUAUGUGAUUUAACUGAAUGGAGCUCCUUGUCACCCGACCCCAAAGGCUCUAUUGGAAAGUUAGAUGUCAAGUCUGGACGAUUAAAGAGAACAUGACACAAGAUAUAUUUUAACAGUAAAUUAUAAACAAGUCAGAAAUUUGAGAUACCAAUUUACCUUGUAUCUUUUAAGCAAUCGUUGUUCUAGUUAGUAGAUGUAUUGAAUACGGAAGACUGAUUUUAAUGUAAAUACAUAGUUAAACUAUCCUUAUUUUGUCAAAAAUCUUGGGAUUAACUUGUAAUAUACCUCUAUUGUUGUUUUCACUAAGUAGGUAUUAUCUAUCUCUCAUAGCCUGUAUCAUGAAUAAAUUGUGUUUAAAUUUUUUUAAGCACUAUUUUGUGUAGCAUAAUGUAAUAUUAUAUUUGUAUGUCACAAAAAAUGUAAAGUACCCUUGGCUCUAUGCUUACAAGAAACGAUUUGUCUCUUCAGAGUUCAGACCCACUAGUCAUUAGCACCUAAAUAAUAAUCAGUCACAUUGACUUGUUAUCUUGCUCACAAUAAAAAUGGAAUUAUUUAAUGAAAAUCCAUAUUAUAAAUAUAGAUUUCGUUUGGAAUUAUGAAAUUUCUAGUUGCUCUAUGUAACUUCAUAUUGAUUGAAUAUAUUUAUUUUUAUACUUAUCA